AGCUCUCUCAGCCCUUCAUUGCAGCAGAGGUGCUCCAGCCCUCCGAGCUUCUUUGUGGGCUCCCCCACAGCCCCACAACAGCCCCACAUCCCUCCAGCGCUUCACCCCAGGAUGCAUGUAGAACUGCAGUUAGGGCACCAGGACCUGCAGUCCUUCUCCACAGGGCUGUUCUCCUACUCUGUACACAUACUUGGGAUUGCCCCAACCCAAGCACAGCACCCUGCACCGGGCCGUGAUGAACCUCAUUUGGGUCACACACACCCGCUAAUCAAGCCCACCCAGGUCUCUCUGGAUGGCGUCCCUUCCUUCUGCCAUCUCAACUGCACCCCUCAGCUUGCUGCCAUCAGCAAAGUGCCGAGUGUUCUCUCAGUCCCACUGCCUAUGUGAUUGAUAAGGAUAUAAAAGAACAUCCAUCCCAAGAUGGACUCCUGGGGCACACCACUGGUCACCAGCCCUACGUCACAGUACCACAGUGUUUCCACGUCCAGGCAGAUGAGCAACACUCAAGAUUUUAAAUGCUGUUAAUCUACCCUACAUGUCUGCCAAGCACAUUUCCUCUGCCUACACAGCUGAGCAGAGGUCCCACGGUGGAUCAGCAUGAUGCUUUGGCUUUCCUUGCACAGCAGGCAGUGGGCGAUGGGGGCAGCCCCCACCAUGCCCAGCACAGCCCCCCACGCUGGUAGCGAGAAGCCGGGUGGGGGGGGGGGGGACGUGGGCAGGGUGGGGCCGUGCAGCCCCACUGUGACAUGGGCUGAAGUCACAGUGGGGCACCGCACCCCACCCUGAUCCCUGCCCUGUCCACAGCGCCCAGCUCACACUUCCCCCAGAGGCGGAGGUGAACCCAGACGCGAGUUGCUGCUCUCGCCAGCGCUCUUCUCUCGGCAGCUGCUCUGCAGCAAAGAGGCGAAGGCAAAGGCAGGCAGUGCGAUAGUGCUGGGUCUGUUUGGAGACGUGCAGGAGCUUGGAGGAGUGCAGGAGCUUGGUGAUCACAAGCCCGACGCUCUUCAUCUAAGCCCACAAAGGGCCAACUGUUGGCAAAAUGCCUCAGAAGAGGAUCUUUUUGUCCCCAAGUUUUUUGCCCAAGGAUGAGGUGCCGGAAUUUCUACUGGCGGAUCUCGCUGAACAACAAGAGGCUCAAGAACGCCAGUUCCUUCGAGGCCACUUUCCACCCCUGCGGACGAGUGACCUCGACCUGCUGGCAGAAGAGGAGACUGCAGAGGUGUCUGUAAGUGUGCUGCCGCCUAUGGGAAAGAGCUGGGCACAGAGUCGCCUGGAGAUCGAGCGGGAGGGAGUGGUCAGGCUCCCUCCCCUGCGCGCACGGCUGGGAAGAUCACUGGCCAGGCAGCAGUUCAGAGCACCCCAAGUCCAGCAGCGCUUCCCCCCACUGAAGAACACCCCCCAGGAGGGGGAGAAAGCGCAGCCAGGAAAAAUCUCCAGCAAGGAGACAAGCAAAGAGAUUGCUUCCCACCUUCGUCAAGCAGAGAAUGGGAGGACAAUGGCCCCAGCAGCAGAGAUGGCAGUGCCCACUGUCCAGUCACUACGGGCAAGACAGGUCCUGGGAACCUUGGAGUCCUACAAGGUGUGCCGGGAAGGAUGGAGGAAGAAGGUGGAGGAAAACAGGCUCCUUCCUGCCAGACCCAAGGAGCGCCUCUGCUUUGUGAAGAAGAUGGAGCUCCAGGUGGCCAGAGGAAAACACAAGAACAUGUGAGAGCACACCACAGGCUCACAGUUCAGCCAAUUCCUACCGCGCCCACUCACACCAUGGCAGUAAACAACAAAGCCCCAGGAUUGACAGCAGUGGGGCUGAGAGGAGGCACACUGAUACAGGAGCUGCCUCCCUUGUUACCACCAUUGUCUCUGCUGUAACAGCAAAGCAGAGCCAUUCUUAGUACAAGAAGUGCCAAAUAAACAUCCUUGGAACUUCUUUGAA